AUGAUUGAGUUCUUUAAUAUUCUUUUCCAAAUCGUUCUCUAUUUUGGUAUUGUUGCCAUCAUUGCCUACUUUGUAUACCCUUUACAUGACAACAUCGAGAAAUACUUCCAGCAUAAAGUUGUGUGGAUCACUGGUGCAUCGUCAGGUAUUGGUCGGGAGUUAGCGAAAGAAUUAGUUCGUCUUUCGCCAACCACUCGUUUGAUUAUAUCAGCAAGACGUGAAGAAGAAUUGCAUUCAUUAGCGAAGGAACUCAACCUUGAUUCUGAUCAUUGUCUUGUUUUACCACUCGAUCUCGAAUCCCACACCCAUGGUUUUCAAAGUAAAGUUGAUCUUGUUCUCGAUCGGUUCAAGCGAAUUGAUGUUUUAAUCAACAAUGCUGGUAUAUCUCAACGAAGUUUGAUCAAAGACACAAUAUAUCAAGUUGACUCACGAUUAAUGAACAUUAAUUACUUAGGUACAGUUACCUUAAGUAAAGCAGUUCUACCGCAUUUUAUGGAACGUCAAUCAGGACAUUAUGUUGUGGUAACAUCGGCAACGGGCUAUGUCGGCACACCAUUACGUUCAUCAUAUGCGGCUUCUAAACACGCUUUGCAUGGAUUUUUCGAUUCUCUUCGAUUGGAACAUACGCGUGACCAUAUCGAUGUCACAAUGGUGUGUCCGGGCUUUGUCAAGACAGAUGUUUCAAUCAACGCUUUCGAAGGAUCCGGUCGAUUGCAUAGAAAGAUGGAUCCACAAACGGAAAAAGGCACCGACCCGAUUGUAUGCGCAAAUAAUAUACUACAUGGAGUGGCUGCUCGUAAGCAUGAAAUCUAUGUAGGUCGUUCGGCAGCGAUAGUCAUAUACUUACAACGCUUUUUUCCCAAAAUACUUUAUCAAGUUUUACUACGUAUUGACUCGUCAUAA